AAAAAACUUCUUUCACCACCCCGAAUCCCUCGCAGACCACACAAUUUUGUCCAAAAAAUCAUUAAUUUUUGUUAACUUGUAUGGUCCCUAGAGAGAGAGAGAGAGUUUGUUGUGUGGGUUUUACAGCUCGUGAUGAAACAGAGAGAAAGAGCAGAGUGAAAAAGAGAGGCUGUUUUGUCAGGUUAUUUAGUGGGUUUGGCCUGUUUUUCUCUCAAAAUUCAAAUCCUCUGCUUCGUUGGCUCUGAGUAGUUGGCAAUUAAGCCCUUUGUCCUCUUGGUGAACUUUCCUAGGCCCUCUCUCUCUCCUCUCCUCCUCCAAUCGAUAUCCAAAAACAACCCCAUUUCAAAUUUCUCUCUAUUUUUCUUUUCUUCUGAGGUUCGACAAAUCCUCUGCCUCUUCUUCCUCUCGCUUCCUUGGAAGAAGAACAGAGGAAACAUCGUAGACUGAGAAAAAUAAAUAGACAGAGACAGGGGAAUUUUGUUUGAGGAAUGAAUGGUGCUACAAAUUCUGAACCAGACAACCCAGAAUAUGUCGAAAUUGAUCCCACCGGAAGAUAUGGAAGAUACAAUGAAGUUCUCGGCAAAGGAGCAUCGAAGACAGUUUACAGAGCCUUCGAUGAGUACGAAGGAAUUGAAGUGGCGUGGAAUCAAGUGAAGCUCUGCGAUUUUCUCCAAACUCCUGAAGAUCUCGAAAGGCUGUACAGGGAAAUCCAUUUGUUGAAGACUCUCAAACAUAGAAACAUUAUGAAAUUCUAUUCUUCUUGGGUCGACACUGACAAUAGAAACAUUAAUUUCGUCACAGAGAUGUUCACUUCCGGCACUCUCAGACAAUACAGGCUGAAGCACAAGAGAGUUAAUAUCAGAGCUGUGAAGCAUUGGUGCAGACAGAUUUUAAGAGGUCUUCUCUAUCUUCAUAGCCAUGACCCGCCAGUAAUCCACAGAGACCUUAAAUGUGACAAUAUUUUUGUCAAUGGGAAUCAAGGGGAAGUUAAGAUUGGUGAUCUUGGGCUUGCUGCUAUUCUUCGUAAAUCCUAUGUUGCUCGUUGCGUUGGAACACCGGAGUUUAUGGCGCCGGAGAUUUAUGAAGAGGAGUAUAAUGAAUUGGUGGAUAUAUAUUCUUUUGGAAUGUGCAUUUUGGAGAUGGUUACUUUUGAAUAUCCAUACAGUGAAUGCUCCCACCCUGCUCAGAUUUACAAGAAAGUUACAUCAGGGAAGAAACCAGAUGCUUUGUAUAAGGUAAAGGAUCUCGAGGUUCGGUAUUUCGUCGAAAAAUGCUUGGCUACUGUAUCAACUAGGCUCUCUGCUAGGGAGCUUUUGAAUGACCCUUUUCUUCAAGUUGAUGGUUGUGAUUCAUUGCUGAGGCCAAUGGACUACUAUUCAGAAUUUGAUGAACUGAACAAUCCCCUCAUUAGAGGGCCUCUUUAUGGAAUUUCUCAUGGUCCUUUGGACUAUUUUGGUCAUGAGGCUGAGAAUGCUUUGGAUUACCGUCAUAAUGAAGCGAGCGAAAUUGAUCUUUUUUCCUGUCAAGAGGAUGAGCAUUUGGAAGAUGUUGAUAUUAGUAUCAAAGGGAGAAGGCGAGGCGACGACAGCAUAUUUCUACGACUCCGAAUUGCAGACAAAGAAGGUCGGAUUCGGAACAUCUACUUCCCCUUUGAUUUGGAGAAUGACAGUGCUGUGAGUGUUGCAAAUGAAAUGGUUUCAGAGCUUGACAUUACUGAUCAAGAUGUGAAGAAGAUUGCUGAUAUGAUAAAUGGUGAGAUUGCUACAUUGGUGCCUGAGUGGAAGAGGGGAACAAGCUCAGAGGAAACUGCAGACUGUUCUGAUUCUAAUGUUUGUCAAAAUUGUGCUUUAAACAGUUCUAUUUUGGAUUACGUUUCGCCGAAUAACCCCGGGAACAAGAACCUGCACAUUCUUCAGUGUUCCGAAGAGCACGGAUGCGCUUCCAUCCAUGGCCGUUUUGAAGAGAUCACCUACCAAGUUGAAGGGUCAGAACAGUUCGGUGGAGAUGAAAAUUCGCAUAGAAGAUCAUCCGAGAAUUCGAGCGACAUCCGGUACGCCGAUAUUUGGGCGCAAAGAGAUGGACCAGAGAUUGUCUCACAUGAAUCUGAAGAAGUCAGUUGCAAUGAGUCACAUGGAGCAUUGGAACAGCCGGAACUGGAGAAGGAAGGAAGAAGUGUAAAUAUGGAGAAUCAUCAAACUAGAAACUCUUGCUCGUCGAAUCCUUCUUCGAUGUCGUUUGCUUUCCCCGACGAUCACGAGAACGAAAUUCGACAAGAACUCAGAUGGCUCAAGGCUAAAUACCAAAUGCAGUUGAGGGAACUAAGGGAUCAACAGUUGGGAGUCAAAUCCAACGCCGGAGCUUUGGUAUCCUUUGAUGAAGCAGCAAAACAUAAGCCUCUCCUCACAACCAUCUCCUCUGGCAAGAAUUUCACUCCACAUCUCCCCCUUAAAGACAACAUUUUGGAAAACCAGACGUUUCAACACGACAUCAAUGUCGUCGACGAGCCGUGUAGCCCUGAGCCGACGCUUACUGCCAAGAGUUUCUAUACAGGAGCAUUGUUUCCACAUUCUCUUCAAAGAGCAACCUCCCUUCCUGUGGAUGCUAUAGACUUUUAGAAUCCAUUGGAAACUCUCACUAAUACUACUCUCUCCUCACCAAUAGUAACCCAACAACAAAAUUGUUACUAUAACAGAUACAAGUUGUAAACUUUACUACUACUUGGCCUCUACUAAACAACGUCUCCCAAAACAAAAGGAAAAAUACAGUAAAAAACAGCCCAUUUGUUUUAAUUAGUGGAUGCUUUGUGAGUUUAUGAGCUGUUUUUGGCCUUAUUUGCUUGUCAAUUGGCAAGCUGAAGGAUGCCAUUUCAAGGCACUUUCUUUUAUGGUCCCUAAGCAUUUUGAAGCUCAUAUUGAAUUGGCAUGAGCCUGAUUGCCGCGGCAUGCCCCAAGUUGGGCAACUUGGUUGGGGCCUUUAAAUAUGAGGCUCUUGUGGCUCUUUACCAAUCCUUUGAAAACAAAUAAGAAAACACACAUCUUUCUUUUUGCUA